UGUAGGGGAGGGGCGGAGGCGAGCGGAGCGUCCGGCCCCCGGCGCGAGUCAGACAGAUGAGCGCACAAAGUCCGGAUGCCUCCCGCGGCCGCGGCGGCAACGGCAGGAAGGGGCGCGAGGCACAGCGCGCGCCCGGUGCCAGGGGCACCGCUGCCCAGAUCCAGGACCCGGCCUCCCCCUUGGGCUCCGCCUCGUCCUCCACGUCCCGGUGGAGCGUCCAUUCUGAGUGGCGGACCGUCUCCCGUCUGUUUUCCAGCAACCUGUCGAUCGCGCCCACAUCAGAUGCGGCAUACUCCGGGAGCUCCAGCACGCCCUCCCAAACCGGCCCCAGUCCUAGCCCGAGGACUCACACGGACUCCCAGAUUGGUCUCUACGGCUCUGGAGCCCACGGCCUGAGCGACUGGAUCCUCAUGUCUGCCGCCCGCACGAGCACCCCCGAGGGGGCCGCCCCAGCCUCUAACCCGGACGCCCGCAACCCCCGGGUAUCAGUACGAGGAUCUGUCCCGCCCUCAGGCUCCCCCAGAUUGUUAGUACUUGAAUCCGCCCCACCCUCAUUGCCCAGCUCCCCCCAGCUAUCAGGACUCUCUACACCCCCAGGACCUCCUGCACCCAAUAACUCGCCCCGAGUGUCAUUACAGGAGUCUAUCCAGUUCUCAAUACCCCGCUCCACCGAGGUAUCUGUAGAAGGAGCUUUCCCAUUCUCGGGCGCCCCAGCAUCGGUACGAGGAUCCGUCCCGCCCGCAAUGCCACGCUCUCCCUGGAGUUUAGAACAAGCAUCUUUCCCAUUCUUUGGCUCCUCCCGAGUGUCAGUGCUAGGGUCCCUCCCACCCUCAGUGCUAAGCUCCCCCUGGAGUUCGGUACAAGGAUCUUUCCCAUUCUUGGGCUCCUCCGAAUCAUCGGUACUAGAGUCCGGCCCGCCCUCAGUGCUAAGCUCCCCCUGGAGUUCAGAACAAUCAUCUUUCCCGUUCUUGGGCUCCUCCCAAGUGUCGGCACUAGGGUCCGCCCCGCCAUCAGUGCCAAGCUCCCCCUGGAGUUCGAUACAAGGAUCUUUCCCGUUCUCGGGCUCCUCCCAACCGUCGGUACUAGAGUCCACCCCGUUGUUAGCGCUCAGCUCCUCCCUGGAUUCGGUACUAGGACCUCCUACACCCAAUAACUCCCCGCGGGUGUCAUUACAAGAGUCUGCUCCGCCCUCACUGACCCGCUCCUCCUGGGUAUCGGUGGAAGAAUUGGCUCCGCCCCCAUUCUCCCCCCGAGAGUCGCUAGAAGGGCCCGCCCCGCCAUUGGCGGGCCCCACUCCUAUACCCACGCCUGGGGAGAGUCUCAGCCCGAUCAUGGCGAGUCAGGAGAAGGCGAGUAUGGCAGGCCACAUGUUCGACGUAGUCGUGAUAGGAGGCGGCAUCUCAGGAUUGUCUGCUGCCAAACUCUUAGCCGAACAUGAAACUAAUGUUUUGGUUUUGGAAGCCCGGGACAGAGUUGGAGGAAGAACAUACACUGUGAGGAACAAACAUGUGAAUUACGUAGAUGUUGGCGGGGCUUAUGUAGGACCGACCCAGAACAGGAUCUUACGGUUAUCUAAGGAGCUGGGUUUAGAAACCUACAAAGUGAACGUAAAUGAGCGUCUUGUUCAGUAUGUCAAGGGGAAAAGUUAUCCAUUUCGGGGAGCCUUUCCUCCAGUAUGGAAUCCCAUUGCGUAUCUGGAUUACAACAAUCUGUGGCGGACAAUGGAUAACAUGGGAAAGGAGAUUCCAGCUGAUGCACCGUGGGAGGCCCCACAUGCUGAGGAAUGGGACAAGAUGACCAUGAAAGAUCUCAUCGAUAAAAUCUGCUGGACAAAGACUGCUAGACAGUUUGCAUCUCUCUUUGUGAAUAUCAAUGUGACAUCAGAACCCCACCAGGUGUCUGCUCUGUGGUUCUUGUGGUAUGUGAAGCAGUGCGGAGGCACCACUCGGAUAUUCUCGAUUACUAACGGGGGUCAGGAACGGAAGUUUGUAGGUGGAUCUGGUCAAGUGAGUGAACGGAUAAUGGAACUGCUUGGGGACAGAGUGAAGCUAGAGCAUCCUGUCACCUAUGUUGACCAGUCAGGUGACAACAUCAUCGUAGAGACGUUGAAUCAUGAACAUUUUGAGUGCAAAUACGUAAUUAGCGCCAUCCCUCCGGCUUUGACUGCCAAGAUCCACUUCAAACCAGAGCUUCCAUCAGAGAGAAAUCAGUUGAUUCAGCGUCUUCCAAUGGGGGCUAUCAUUAAGUGCAUGAUGUAUUACAAGGAGGCCUUUUGGAAGAAGAAGGAUUACUGUGGCUCUAUGAUCAUUGAAGAUGAGGAAGCUCCAAUUUCAAUAACCCUGGAUGACACUAAGCCAGAUGGGUCGCUGCCUGCCAUCAUGGGCUUCAUCCUUGCCAGAAAGGCUGAUCGACUUGCUAAGAUGCAUAAAGAAAUGAGGAAGAAGAAAAUCUGUGAGCUCUACGCCAAGGUACUGGGAUCCCAAGAAGCUUUACAACCGGUGCACUAUGAAGAGAAGAACUGGUGUGAGGAGCAGUACUCAGGGGGCUGCUACACUGCCUACUUCCCCCCAGGGAUCAUGACUCAGUAUGGAAGGGUGAUUCGUCAGCCAGUGGGCAGGAUUUACUUUGCUGGCACGGAGACUGCCACACGCUGGAGCGGUUACAUGGAGGGAGCAGUAGAGGCGGGAGAAAGGGCAGCUAGAGAGAUCUUGAAUGCUUUGGGGAAGGUGGCAGAGAAAGACAUAUGGCUUCAAGAACCUGAGUCAAAGGAUGUUCCAGCUGUGGAAAUCACCCAUUCCUUCUGGGAGAGGAACCUGCCUUCCGUGGGAGGCCUCCUGAAGAUCAUUGGAUUUUCCACAUCAAUCACCGCCCUGUGGAUCGUGGUAUACAAAUUCAAGCUGCUGACACGAUCCUAAAGAUUCAGCCUAAUGCUUUCUGCUUGCUCUUUCCCAGCACCAUCAAAAGCAAAACGUUGCCAAAUUAAAGACCUUGUCAUUGGAUCACCUUUAAGUGCACUGAAUUUAAUCCUUCAGUUUAGUCUUAGUCAAUGUUAAAGUGAAAACAAUCCAAAGAAUCACCUCAUUAAUUUCAGUCAGAUCAAGCUCCAUCUUGUUAUUUGUCUGUGUAGACUAACUUGUGUUGAUUGGUGGAAUAAAACCUUGUGAUAGUUUUCUUAAUUUCAAGAAGUUAAAGUUGAAAUGUUCAUUCUGAAACAAUUUCUGUGUCCUGUUUUUCUCCCCUUUAACACAAAAUGCCGGAUGAUUGCAGAAAUGAAGCAUUUAACUUUCUCUCUGCGAGGUUGAGUAGAUUAAGGCCCAGCCUGUGACUGUCCUUUUCAGUCCUUAGGAAAUGAGGAAGUGUAGGUCCAGAGCCCAGAGUCUCACAGCUUCUUGGCGUGAGCAGCUCACACUUUGGAUGAGAGAAUAAAUAGUAAAUGAAAGCAGUGGAGGCCGGAGGAUGUUAAGGCCCUCAAACCAGUAUAAGGGACAUCUUAUGGGCUGCUGCCUCAGGACUCUGCUGACUACUUCUAAUUCCUGUGAAGUUUCUGGACAUCUAGUCUUAAUGCUAGCUUGUUUGUAUUUUCCUGUUUUUCUUCUUAAAGAGGGCAGUGUUUACCAACGUAUAAUGUUAAAAUUGACUUGCUGUGACUUUUGUGCAGCUCCCCAGGUGAGCAGAGUAAAAUAGUGGCAAGACUGUUCCCCAAGAGGCCUCCCUGACUAGCUCUGCAUGAGACCAAUUGCAAAAGGCAUCUGCUCUUUCUCCUGGAAGGUGGCUAACCAUUUCUUCGCUCAUUGUCAAUGAUAACAUUCUCUGCCGAUUUCAAGAAAGCAGUAUUUUCCUUUUUUCAGGUAGAUCCUUGCCUUCUGAAGGCCCCUAGUGGCAUACAUUUUUUCUUUUUUUCCUACAACCAUAGUAGAAUUAGGCAUAUCUGUUAACUUGUCUUCAACAUGGUUACCUUUGAGUAAAUGUUAGCAUGCCAAUUUCUCUAAUACGAACUGAAAUACAUGUGAUAAAUUUCUGAUUGUUAUUUGCUGAGAGUAUCAAAUACAGAAAGGGAAUUACAGCUCUAUAUUAUAACCUCCCUUGCUUCAGUUAGUAAGUUUUAUAAACCAUAAAAUCAAGUGAUUUUAUAUAUGAUGACUAAGUUCUCUAUCUUAGGAGAAAUGUGGGCCCAGAACAGUGCUCACCUCUUGUCUUUCCCCUCUAAAAAACUAUCAGAGUUUUUAAAUCCCCGUCGAAAGGUUUCAGCCAUAAAAUACUCCUUUUUUUUAAUAUAAAUAUCUCGAAAAACUGAACACAGAUGUGAUCAAAUAAAGUAGUUGAUAAGAUUCCAUGGACUCGGGUACACAGGUGGCGGAUACCCAGUAAUACCUUAUUCUGUAUCAUUGAUUAACGAGGCAUUUUACUUUAAAUGACGUUUCUGAGUAGCCGAAGCUGCUGCUUUUAUGUGCCCAAAUUUUCAAAUAAAAAUUUUCAUGGACCUACUUCCGCGCAUUAUCAAAUAUGCUAGAUGCCAGUUCAUCUUUUUUUAUUAAUGAGGUCAAUCUAUGUAUCUCAAUUAUUUUAUACUUUUAUAAUAGAGCGAUACCAUUCGGUUUGCCCCUCUGCUAAAUGUCACGUGAUUGUUUUAUAGCUGGUGAGUCUCGUGCUUCUUCUGUCUUCUCCCUAUUCAGUAUUUUAUAUCCUUGUUAUCUCCAUUAUCUCCCAAUACCUCUUAAUUUCCUAUCUAUUUUUUAUUGAAUGGGAGUUAAAGAUUGCCAGACCAACCCAAGUUUAUGCCAUAAUUAACCUUAUCAUCAAUCCAAAAUUAAGUCACUGGACCCCGGUGCAAGGACUAGUUUUGCCUAUCUUAAGAGCAAAGAGCAGGAUUUUUCUGCCACUCUGCCUUUAGAAAGCAUUUUAGCUAACUUAGGAGUUUUAGUCAUGUCUUGGCUAUGCUCCAGUACAUAAGGAGUUGUCGCAUAUUAUAUCAAACUGCCUUGAGAAUCACAUUCCUGAUCUAUUUCACUUGUUUCUGUUCACUUACUGAUAAACUUGGUUCACCUUGUGGGAAAUGCUGAUUUAAAUUUUUUAACUGGCAACAUUUUUAACAGUAAUCAAGUUGUAAACAUAUCUAAGUAUUGAACGUGGAAGGACUCCUGAGUAUGUGAUUUACCCUCUGCUCAAACUUUUGAGAAAAAUUAAUUUAUCCUAAUUAGAUCAGCCCUGUUAAACUAGAAAUUGAGCAUCAAGAUGAAUGCCAUUUCAGACAUGAAAUCGGAACUGAGAACUCCCACCGUAUAUGAGACUGUGCAACACAAAGAUACCAUAGGUCUUUUCUUCAACCCAGAGAAGCUACAGUCGGUGUAAGCAGUUCAUAGAGCCUGGACCUGUUAAGGCGUCUGGUUCACAAUUCUGAAGGCUGAGUUGGCCUCACCUGAGAAGUAGAUUUUAAAAGUUAACCCUUUUUGUCACAACUAUUAAAUAAGGACUUAUACUACACUGAAGAAAAAAUAUUGAAGGGUUGUGAACUACAUUUAGUUUGACUGUGAACUUGCUGCCUAAUGUUCUGUCUGAACAGUGCCCUCAGUGCUACAUGUGGGAGUACACCUAUGUAUGUGUUGCCAUUGAAGUACGAUUUCGCCUGUAUGGUACUGUUUUGUUUGUUAAUAAAGUGCACUACCACCCCUGA